CCGGAAGCACGCGCAGCAGCACUUCCGGCUCGUCGUGUGGCGGCGCGGCCGGCAGUGAGUUCGGGCAGGUUUGGGUGUGGAAGAUAGAUUCCUGUCAUCUGCUGCAGGGGCCUGGCACACACUGAGGGAGAGGAGGGGCCCUUCCACAUUCCAGCCCUGCUUGAACCCCAGAGGAGGAGGAAGAGGAGGAGGAGGAGCUGUUGUCUGACCUGAGCUGUGCAGGACAUUGGAGGUACAAGCUGUUGCACCUCCCAGGAUGUUUGUUGGAGAUGAGGACAAGGAGGAUAUGGAAGCCUAUGAGGAUGAACUUUAUCAUGAGGAGUCAUCCAGCGAGCAGAGUGUUGAUAGUGAGGUGGAAUUCCAUCUCUACAGCCAGGUCCACUAUUCCCAAAAUCUGGGGGAAAUCAGCACCCUGGAAGUGGAUGAAGAAGCUGAUGCUGCAGGAGCCACAUGUCACAGCUCAGCUCCAGCUGAGCAGCAGUCCAGAGACAAGGAGAUCUCUGGAUUCAGGGCUCAGCGUUCAGAUGACCCUGAGGUUAUUGUUUUGUCUGACAGCCCUGAUGAAGACAGUGUGUACAAAAGCAAAGCAAAGAAGCCAAGCAGCUCUUCAGCUCAGUGUCUCAUAGGUGCCCCUCCAGGGUCCUCCACACCAAACCAUGCUGCAGCUGAGGGGGGCACUACCCUGGAUCCUGGUGGAUCCAGACCAAGGAAAAGUCCUGGUGGGAAGCUUCAGCCAGCUCAUUCUGCCAGAGGUUUCAGCAUCCAGGAUGUGCUGGUGAUUGAUGACAGCUCAGAGGAGGAGAGCUUGAUGUCUGAAGGUGAUGAUGUGGAGAGCUGGAUGCUGCUGGGUGCUGGUGUGGAUGACAGAGAUGAAGAUAUAAUGUUGAACCUGGAAGGCUGUGCAACUCCUGAGGCCACUGAAGGAGAUGAUGUGGACUGGUCCAUCUGCAAUAAAGACUUAGAGGCACAGAUCUCCAACUAUGGAAGCAUGAGGCACACCAGCACGCGGUACUACACGGCUGAUAAAAAUGUUACCUGUAGAAAUUGUGGCAGACCUGGUCAUUUGUCCAAGAACUGUCCCACUCCAAAGAAAGUUCCCCCUUGUUGCCUGUGUGCAGAAAGAGGGCACCUACAGAACAGCUGCCCAGCACGUUUUUGUUUGAACUGCUGUUUGCCUGGCCACUAUUUCAGGGAGUGUCUUGAGAGAGCCUACUGGAACAAACACUGCAACCGCUGUGAUAUGAAGGGUCAUUAUGCUGAUGCUUGCCCAGAAAUAUGGAGGCAGUAUCACCUAACAACAAAGCCAGGACCAAUCAAGGCAGCCAGUUCUCACCCCGAGCGCUCUGCUUCAGUCUACUGCUACAACUGUUCCCAGAAAGGACACUUUGGAUAUGAGUGCUCUGAAAAGCGGAUGCAUGGGAACAUGUUCCCUACUUCUCCAUUCAUCUACUACUACGAUGAUGAAUAUGAUAUCAAGAAAAGAGCACAUAGAUUGAGAAGGAAGGCUGCAGAACUGCAGGAAGCUGGCCUUCUGCCAGAACUGCCAGAGACACCGUGGCAGGAAGAAAAACAUGGGGGGCAGAGCUGUAAGAAAAAGAGAAAGCCUUGGAAAGAACACAAGAAACAUAAAAGAGAUGGCGGGUCCCACAAAAAGAUGAAGAUGUCCCGGGCAGAAAAACCCAGAGAAGAGAAACACAGAAGUCAUGUUAGAAUCAGCCAGGACGUGGAGGAGGACUUCUCCAGGGGGUGUAAAAGGAAGAUGGGUAAGGGCAGCAAGGGCCAACACAAGUCUGUUUUCCAGGCAUUCUCAGGCAGCAAGGCUGGCUGUGUGCGGGAGCCUCUGGAAGGUGCUAAAAGGAAGAAGAAAUGGAAGAAGCAGAAAGACGCUAGUCCUGAUGUCAGGGAGAAUUUAUUCCUCAUAAAACAGAGGAGGAAGAAGUCCAAACAGAAAUCCUGGUAACGAGGAAGUCAACAAGCAGCACUGGCAAUGCCAGGCUCCAGCUCUGCCUUCUGUUUAUUUUGUCCCUCUCUCAGCACACUGAAUUUGAGCCUGUCCCUGCAGCCAUGGCCCUGGCACCCAUCACACAUCCAGUGUCCAUCCCUAUUCCCCGUGGAGUGCCCUGUCUGUGGAACAGUCUGCUGGGCAGGCAGGCCUCUGUACUUUGCAUCAGUCCCAGAGCAGGCUACUCUAAGAAAUCCAGAGCUGGUUUAUUUUCUUCCCUGGGGGGGUGGUGGGAGGGAGAAAAGGGCCAUGCAGGGUUUGGAAGCUUUUGUUUCUUCAGGAGGCAAGGUGUUGCUCUGCCUGUUGGAGCUGCCAGGGAGCACGAUGCCUUUGGAGCCAGCAGUGGAGAGACUCUCAUGUCAGGAGGAGCUGGGGUAGAGACCAAGGGUGUGGAUUUAAAGCACAUUCCCCACAGCCACUCCAUCCUCUCCAGAGUGCAGCUGGGCACUGUUUCACUCCAGCCCCUCCUGGAAGGGGCUGGAAAGUCAUUCCCCUGCACUGUGGGACCUGACAGUCUCCCACCUGGCACCCUGGUGUGGUGGGUCCCUCCCCCCAGUGCCACGGCACAGUGAGCCCUGUCCUUGCCAAGAGGCCAGCAUGGCAGGAGAGAGCAGCUGCGAAACAGAGCAGAGUUUACUUCCCAAAUUAAAUAUGUCCUUGGAGAAAAGGGGAUAAAAAAACGUAUGUGGUUCCAGAAAUACUGUGCUGCAGUUUCGUUUUUUUUUAAGACACUUAUUUUUGUACACUGGAACGAAUCAGUUGUGUUCUUAAAAGGUUUGUAAGGAUAAAUGCUUCA